CGGAGGGAGCUUCCGGCUUGGGAAGCGUAGCGGUGGAAGCACGUGUGUUCUUCUCUUGGGUUUCGUGGAUUACCUUGUCUGUUUUCCCUGGGUCUGGUGACAUUGUCAGAUCCUUUCAGGCCUAAGGAUGAAGGCGAGAAGAAACAAAAAACAAGUUCCAAGCUUUCGGAAGUUGCUAAAAACAAGUAAAGUCAAACUUGAAAACAAGCUAAAAAAUAAGCAGUUUAAACAACAAAGCACUCUCAAGAAAUACCGAAAAGAACAGAGGAAGCUGAGGCAAGCUGUGAAAGAUGCUGUGUCUAAGAAACCCAUCCCAUUGGAAGACCCAAAGGAAAAACGACCAGGUAAAAGGAUUGAGUGGGAAGAGGAGGAAGAGGAGGAAGCCCUUCCUUUAGAUAUGAUGGAUGAAGAUGACUUACAGUUAAUGAGAGAUUUAGGACAAAGAGCAUCUUUUUUAACAAGAGAUCUUUCUUCCAGCGAACCCGUUCAUGCCAAGAAACGAAAGCACGAAAGCAUUAUAGAGAAAUAUGAAAAAAUACCGAGAACUCUGCAAACUGCACCAGAGAAAGAACUCAUUCAUUUGCUUCCUAUCAAAGAUAAAAGUGGUAUAAUUCCACAGACCAGGGAGAAGCCAGUUAUUGACAGUAACAAAGAUGAAGAGGAUCAAGAAGAAGAAAAGGGACUUGAGGAAGAGAUCAUCGAAGAUUCCAUUCCAGAGCUGACCUUAGAAGAACAUUUAAUUGAGAGAAAGAAAAAACUGCAGGAGAAGAAAAUGCAUAUUGCAGCCUUAGCAUCUGCCAUAUUAUCAGAUCCAGAAAGUAAUGUUAAAAAAUUGAAAGAAUUACGUUCCAUGCUAAUGGAACAGGAUCCUGAUGUGGCUGUUACUGUUCGAAAGCUGGUGGUAGUUUCUUUGAUGGAGUUGUUUAAAGACAUUACUCCUUCAUAUAAAAUCCGCCCCCUAACAGAAGCAGAAAAAUCUACCAAGAUCCGCAAAGAAACCCAGAAAUUAAGAGAAUUUGAAGAAGGCCUGGUUAGCCAAUACAAAUUUUAUUUGGAAAAUCUGGAACAAAUGGUUAAAGACUGGAAGCAAAGAAAGCUGAAGAAAAGUAAUGUAGUUUCCUUAAAAGCAUAUAAAGGACUGGCAGAAGUGGCAGUGAAGAGCCUGUGUGAGCUGUUGGUGGCACUACCUCAUUUUAAUUUUCACAACAACAUCAUUGUGUUGAUUGUCCCUCUCAUGAAUGACAUGUCAAAGUCGAUAUCUGAUAUGUGCUGUGAGGCAGUAAAGAAACUCUUUAAACAAGAUAAAUUAGGCCAAGCUUCCCUUGGUGUAAUUAAAGUAAUUUCUGGUUUUGUGAAGGGCAGAAAUUAUGACGUUAGGCCAGAGAUGUUAAAAACAUUCUUGUGCCUAAGAAUCAAGGAAGUAGAAGUGAAGAAAGACACAGAGGACAUUAAUAAACCAAAAAAGUUCAUGACUUUCAAGGAAAAAAGAAAAACUCUAUCAAGAAUGCAGAGAAAGUGGAAGAAGGCAGAAGAGAAACUAGAACGAGAGCUUCGGGAGGCAGAAGCUUCAGAGAGUACUGAGAAAAAACUUAAACUGCAUACAGAGACUCUGAAUAUUGUGUUUGUAACCUACUUUAGAAUAUUGAAGAAGGCCCAGAAGUCACCCCUCCUGCCAGCAGUUCUAGAAGGACUUGCCAAGUUUGCCCACCUUAUAAAUGUGGAGUUUUUUGAUGAUUUGUUAGUAGUUCUCCAUUCGCUGAUUGAGUCUGGUGACCUAAGCUACCGAGAAAGUCUUCACUGUGUACAGACUGCUUUUCAUAUUCUUUCUGGCCAGGGUGAUGUUCUCAAUAUUGAUCCAAUGAAAUUCUAUACACAUCUCUACAAAACACUGUUCAAGUUACAUGCAGGUGCUACCAAUGAAGGUGUCGAGAUUGUACUCCAGUGCUUGGAUGUUAUGCUAACUAAGCGCAGAAAGCAGGUUUCUCAGCAGCGAGCCCUUGCCUUCAUCAAGCGCCUUUCUACUCUUGCUCUUCAUGUUCUUCCAAAUGCAAGCAUUGGUAUUUUAGCGACAAACAGAACAUUAAUGCAUACCUUCCCAAAAACCGAUCUAUUGCUUGACAAUGAAUCUCAGGGAAGUGGGGUCUUCCUCCCCGAGCUGGAUGAGCCCGAGUACUGUAAUGCUCAGAACACUGCUCUUUGGGAAUUGCACGCACUCCGGAGACAUUACCAUCCCGUAGUGCAGAUUUUUGCAGCUCACCUGAUCGCAGGAGCGCCUUCUGAAGGCUCCAGAGCUCUCAAACCAGGGUUAAGCCGAAGAACUGCAGCUGAACUUUUUGAGACUCACAGCGUGGCCGCGAUGACAUUCAAUCCUCCCGUUGAACCUCUGAAUUCCAAAAGGAAGGAUAAGGUUUUACAAGGGGAUUCAUUUUUGAAUGAAGAUUUAAAUCAGCUAAUCAAAAGACAUUGCAAUGAAGUUGCUACUCAGAUUCCUCUGGAUUUCACGAAAUAUUUGGAACCAUCGCUACGAUAGUGAAAGAAUGAACAGUCUGUGGAUUUUUUUUGCUUAUUUAUGUGUUUGUGCAGGUACACAUAAAGCUAAGGACCUUUUCUUUUUAUACAAGAGAAACUUUCUAAGAACAAAUAACAGAAGAGGAAGAGUUACUCUGUGUGGCACCGGUUUCUGCCCUAAUUCUGUAAAUGUCAUUUCAUUAAUUGAAAGCCUUUUUUCCUCAAGUUUUUUGAAAUUUCUUUCUUAAUGACGCUGCCUUUUAAAAACUACAUAUUAUUUUUUUGGACUGAAUCUUGUCGAAAUGCAUUUGCUGGGUUAAAAUCAAGGUACAGAAAAACCAAGACCAUGAGGGUGCUUUUUACUAUUCAGCUACUUUUUAUAACCAAAUCUUUUCUUGUAACACCAUAGAUGGAAACAGGAAACAUUUUAAAUUUGAGUGAACGUAUUUUUAUGAAGAUUUUUGCAAAAGGAGAAAAUAGCUUGAAAUUCGACCCCAGGUUCAUUGGUUCUUGCUGGAUGAGGGUUUGUUAUGGCUACGUUCAAAGAAAGUCUGAGUGUGAUUCGAGUUUCUUUGAAGUUCUUUGCAUUUUCUGACACGCUUUGGAGGGUGACAGGGAGGGAUUGCUCCAGGCUGGAAAAACCAAAUGUGCGACUUUUCUGUUUUAGGGACAAAAGGUAACCAGUGGGGGGCUCUUUCUCUCCUUUUUUUGAGGGGGGAGGUAAAAUGCCUAUUAUUAUGAAUAUAAUUAUAAAGCAGCAUUUUAUAUAACAGCUAUUCCUGUAUUCUAGGAAUGGUCUGUGAAGUAAGUGUUUUGAUGACCUGGUUAUAAACUUUCUCUACUGUGAGCAGUUGAACAAAGUAUCUACUUUCUUUGCUUCUUAUUCUUGGGAUGUGAGAAAUUUUUUUUAAAAAUGCACAACAGCCCAACUAAAUUGAUCUCUUGUUGUUUCAGAGCCAUAGAGUCUGGACUUUAGACCCUCCCUGCCUUUUUUCUGAUGAAAUGAAAUAGAACAUUCCUUUACUGUUCCAGCAAAGUUAGGGAUAUCAGCUUAACAGUUCAUGUUAAUCUUCUAGCGUAUUUUUAUAUGUGAUUUUAAAAAGUGUUUCUGAGGUCAGAUAUUUUUACUCUUGAUUAUUUGUCACCUUGAAGAUUAAGGUGCACCUGAUCCAAGCCAUAGUGUUUUCAGUCGCCUCAUAUGCAUGUGAAAGCUGGACAAUGAAUAAGGAAGACUGAAGAUUUGAUGCCUUUGAAUUACGGUGUCGGCGAAGAAUAUUGAAUAUACCGUGGACGGCCAGAAGAAUGAACAAAUCUGUCUUGGAAGUAAUACAGCCAGAAUGCUCCUCAGAAGCGAGGAUGGCAAGACUUCAUCUUACAUAUUUUGGGCAUGCUAUCAGGAGGGAUCCGUGCCUGGAGAAAGACAUCAUGCUUGGUAAAGCAGAGGGUCAGUGAAAAAGAGGAAGACCCUCAACAAGAUGGAGCAACACAGUGGCUGCAACAACGGGCUCAAGAAUAACAAUUGUGAGGAUGGCGCAGGACCAGGCAGUGUUUCAUUCUGUUGUACUUAGGGUCGCUAUGAGUUGGAAACUGACUAGAUGACACCUAAAAACAAAUUUGAGUAAUGAGAAUGUAUGAUUCAGUAUAUAAAUAUUUGCUAUGAAGCUACCUUUCAGAUAUAAAGCGGAGUCUAGGGGUGUUACCAGCACAUGUCACAAAUCGUUUAUUUUCCAUACAUAUACAAAUACAUUUAUGUAUCAGUUCGGCAGGAGAAACUGCAGUCCAGGUGAAAACUCAGUUUUAAAAUGGAAAUACACCAGCUAUUUCAGGCUUGUAUUAUGCUUUUAACUUUCUUGCUAUACAUGUAGAGAAUCAUAGUGAAACCAUAAGUAAUACGUGUAGUAUUAAUUUGAAUAUCUUUUUUUAUAUGAAUUUGAGGAUGAAAUAUAUUUGUGAAUCAGUUUCUACAACCAUAUAAUAUUGAUGAGUUUCAUUUUCAGAAUAAUGUAAUCAUUAAUGAUAACACACACACACCUCGAGGCUCUCCUAAGCUAGAGCCUUAAUUUUUAUUUUAAAUAAAUAUUGCGCACCUACUGUGUGCUUAGCACUGUGCUAGGCACUUAAACGUUGGGUAGGGUAAUAAUGGGUAUAAGACAUAGUCUUCUGUGAUUUUUCAUGCUGAGUUAAAUCAUUUACACAAAACUUUAAAAAUAUAAGACUCAGUGUACGAAUGAAUUGUUCCAAAGUUCAGGGGCCUGUGACAUCUGAAAUAGGGUAUAUUUUAGAGGCCUGCUUGGUGGCAGGCUUAAGCAUAAUUUUAGACCUAAGAGAAGCCAAACCAAACCCACUGCCGUUGAGUCGAUUCCGACUCAAUAGUGACCCUAUAGGACAGAGUAGAAUUGCCCCAUAUGGUUUCCAAGGAGCGGCUGAGAUGAAUAAAAAUAGCUUGGUAAUCGUGGAGAUUCAGGUGUUAUGUUAUAAUCUUUACUCCUCAUCCAAAGUUUGCUUUUAGGAAGUUGAUAGAAAUAAGGCAGAGAACACAUAAAUUGUGCACAAUAUACUGUAUGAUGGGAAGUGUUGACCCAAGUAUGGACCAAAGAGAACAGCCAGGAACAUCCCCCUCCUCUUUAGUGGCAUAGGAGCAUAGUUGGGGACCUCUGUUUUAAAGCCAGCUCAGUUUUAUUGGCCUAGUAAGCAAGCCUUGAUUGCCUUUAAGAAUUGGUCGCUAUGAGCUGGAAUUGACUCAACAGCAAUUGGCUUUAGUUUUUUAAGUUUUAGGUGUCUGGAAGGAGCUCUAGUGGCGCAGUUGUUAAAGUGAUCGACUGCUAACCGAAAGGUUGGCAGUUCAAAACCACCAGCGGCUCCAUGGGAGAAAGAUAUGGAAGUCUGCUUCUGUAGAGAUUUACAGCCUCGGAAACCCUAUAAGGUUGUUAUGAGUCGGAAUUGACUUGAUGGCAGUGGGCUUGGUUUGGUUUUAGGAGUCUGGAGCCCUGCUGGCACAGUGGUUAAGAGCUCGACUGCUAAUCAGAGGGCCAGUAGUUUGAAUCCACCAGCCGCUCCUUGGAAACCCUAUGGGGUAGUUCUACUCUGUCUUGUAGGGUUGCUGUGAGUUGGAAUUGACUCAGCGGCAGUGAGUCUGGUUUGUCUGGUUUGGUGGUUAGGUCUCUGGGUAGCAGAGAAGAGAUCUACAGAAAUAUUGGAAGGGGAGAAAACAGAGUCAGGGGAAGAUGUGAUUAAAAAAAAAGAAACUGGUACAUAUGGUAGGAGAGGCCCUCUUUCAUUAAUGAGCCUCCAGUAUCUUCAAAGCCAUGGAGAUAGGCCUUCGUAUGAAAGCAAGUUUGGUUAAAACAAGGCACUUGUAACUUUUGUUGAAUCUAGGCUACCCCAUAUUUACCCUCAACUGGGGGAUUUAUGAACAACUUUUACUUUCUAAGGAUGACAUGAAAAGAGGCAUUACCUCAAGAAGCACUUUUUGCCCAGAUAGUAUCAUUACUUCAUGCAGAUUUAUCCCAAAGUUAGUUAACCCAAUUUCCUAACAUCCUUCUAUAAUUUUAUAUUAUCUUGCAAAACAACCAAUUCAAGCAUCACACAUCACAUUGGAUUCUUUAAUGCUUUCUUGCCAGCUGUAGUUUUAGAAGUUGACACUACCUGACAGAGGGAUACAGCUUGUGCCCCUCUUUUGCUUUUAGUGAAGCUCUUUAAAAUAUUUUUCUGGGAAAUCCUUUAAUGAGCCCAGUUUGCAUAUUUAAACUCUUCUCCAUAUUAACUUUACUGAUAAGAGUUAACUACUCAGAUUUUUAGUAGCGUGAGAAGUAUAAAUGUAGUGGGUAUAGUCCUGGUAGUGGGUAUAGUCCAGAUGUAUAACAAAGGACAGUAUCUUAUUUGCUGUGUUAUAGAGGCAUAAUUCAGAUAAGCAGUAAAUAAAAAUAUUCUUGGCAAAUGCCAGGUUGUAUGGGUCAGUUGUAUUGUAUGGUAGACUUUGCACUUUUGAGCAAUGUGUCCUUCCUAAAAUCUCAAAGACUCAAAUACAAUAGAGUACAUUUUUUCACCUUGAAAUGUGAUGAUCAAGUUGGGCAGCAACACAGGCAAUAGGCUGGGUUUACUCACCUGUUAACCUAGUCUCACGGUAAAUUUCAGAUUUGUGCUGCAGCCAGAUCAACAGCUCUGGGGACGGAGUUUAGUCAACGCCAAAUAAUAAACCUGAAAGACCAGUCUUGCUUUUCAUCUCAUUACUUUGCAUGGUGUUCAUUUUGACUAGCCAAAUUAGACCAGUAUCUCAGCCUUCAACACAUGGUAAGCCAAACCACAGAAAUAAAUACCCAUUAGUCUAUAAACCAAACCCAGUGCCAUCGAGUCGAUUCCGACUCAUAGCGACCCUAUAGGACAGAGUAGAACCGCCCCACAGAGUUUCUGAGGAGCGCCUGGUGGAAUUGAACCGCCGACCCUUUCGUUAGCAGCCACAGCACUUAAUCACUAUGCCACCAGGAUUUCCUGUUAGUCUAUAGAGACUUGAUGAAGUGUUGCCAAAAUAUUUUUAAAAAUGGUUUACCAUUGUGCAUUUGUUAUAGACUAUUUGAUUUAAAAAGGAAUCUUUAGUGCUGUAUAAGCUGUAUCACACUAGUAGUCUGAAUUCUGCCCACCAGCAAAUGAAGUACUAGCAUUGAGGCUUUGGGUCACUGAGAACUUUAAAUGACAUGAGAGCUGUGUGGUGUAUUUUUAACACUUCUGUUUUUAGAACAUGGAAAGGCCAUGAGGAUUGGUAAAAAAAAAAAAAACAAAAACUUCUCAAA